GAACUACCCUUGCUUUUUUGCUAGGCCCCCCUGCCACACUCGCCCUGUGCGAUCUCUCUCUCUCUCUCUCUCUCUCUCUCUCCUCUCUCUGAAUUCUCUCCGCUUCGAAAAAGAGAUCACAAAAGCCGUGACUACUGUGACAGAGGCGGCAGCGAGGGAGAGACCACUCCUUCCCGUCCUUCGAAAAAUUCGCUCUGUCAGAAGAAUUCUUCAAAAUCCUCAAUUUGUCUGGAACGGACGAGUAUAAUUAUUGCGAAAUGGAGUCGAAUUCGUUCAUCGCUUUUGUUCUGAGCCGUUUCUUGUUUUAGUUGUUUGCGUGAUCGAUUGCGGUCCGUUUGAACGUUUCCGCGACUAUGCUGGUGUGCUCUGAGCCUGCUGUUUUCCAUUUUGGAGUCUGUCGCUUUUGUCGUGAUUCGUCUCUCUGCGCUUGCGCUGUUCUCUGCUUCAACAAGAACGUCGGUUCGCCCAUCGCUGUCUUUACGGGUAUUGGCGGACCUUUGAGAGGUGAGAAUGGGUGGUGGGGGCGGUAAAGUAGAGGUGGUAAGCACUAAAGGGUGUUCAAAGCUGUUCUUGGGGUUUUCAUCCUCUCUUGCUUCCUUGAGGGGUCUGCAACCGACGGAACCCAUGUCUCCUUCUUCCUCCACUGUUGUCUCCCGGCCCCUGGUCCGCGCGAGCGGCCCCUUCUCUGGUCUUGUUAUAUGCGUUACUGGUCUAUCCAAAGAGGCGAGGAAACAAGUCAUGGAUGCAACAGAGAGAUUAGGUGGUCAAUACAGCCCUAAUUUGCAUCCUCAAUGUUCCCAUUUGGUGGUCCAGAGUUUUGCUGGACAUAAAUUUGAGCAUGCUUUGAAGCAUGGAUCAAAAAACGGUCUCUUCAUUGUCACACUCGGCUGGUUUGUGGAUAGCGUUAGGAGGAACAUUAGAUUGAGUGAAUCACUUUACAGCGUUAAGAGUGUUGGAGAAAAUGGUAUGCACAUGGAUGACUUGAAUCAGCUAGUUGGGUUGACUAAUGCUGAGAAUUCUUGUCUGCCUGUUGGCAUGCGGGAAAAUGCCAAACUAUCUAAGACAACUGAAGAGCCACAACAACAGUUCUCUGGAAGAGAGUCUAAAAGAAGUAUAGGAUCAACUCUAUCUGGUCACUUGAUGCAUGUUGAUUCAGACAUCUGUGACGAGCUGCGGAGUAAGGUUAUUGAGGCAGCAGCUAGAGAAGGUGCCACAUUUGUAGAUCAAUGGUUUGUUGGUUGCAGUGCAAGUUAUGUAGUAAGUGAAGGACCUUCUAUGCAAAAAUAUCUGGGUCACUGUAACAAUCUCGUGACUCCACUGUGGAUUCUGAAAACAGCCAAGGAAAAAUAUAUUCAGAGGCUCAUUCACAUGUCUGCCGAUUUGGCUAGGCAAGUUGGGACAAUGCUUGAAAAUUUUCAAGAUGGCAUUACUGCGGGGGAAAUGAAAGGGGAAAAAGGUCGUCAAGUUUCUCUGCCUAUUAAAAGUAAAACAGGCCAUGAAGAAAGGCAGGAGAUUGUGAAUUUGGCUAAACUUGGGGUUAGAAACCGUCGUGGACGUCGUAUGCAGACGUGUCAAACCCCAAUACGCCCAAUAACCCCAAGCAGCCUUCUGGAUUCAAUCUGCUGGUCAAUAUCUGAGCCAACUUCAACUGCUUCUAUUUACACAGACUCUCUGAGUGUCGAAGACGUUAGUGAACACCAUACAUCCAUAUUUUUUGAUGCAAAAGGAGAUGGCAAGGAAUCAGAAGCUUCAUUUGCUAGCUUUUCACGACUGCUUACAGAAAGUGAGAAAGCUGAGUUAAUAUUUAGAAAUCAUUUUCUUACUAUACUCUUUCCAAUUGACCGAUUUGCUGAGAUGGGGCCUUCUUCAAGAACAUUCUUCAGUGAUAAAGGCUUUACAUGUUUACAGGUCUUGGAUCAUAUCCAUGGAUUUUAUCAGGAGAAUAUGUCAGCUCCUGAAAUAGAGGCGGCAAUUCACACCGACUCAAGGCAUGCUGACCGGCUCCGAUCUGUGUAUUCCAGUAAAGAAACAGCAGUGUGUGGUUUUGUGGCAUUCAAACGAAUUGAUUUCUUAGGAAGUCGAAGAAGUUUCGAAAUGUUGAAAAGAGUCAGUGGGGAUAAUAAUAGUAAUGUAUAUGAGUUGUUGAUUAGAGCAUGAGAUUAUAUUUAUAGUUGUGGUUGCAUCCGCCAAUUCCUGCUUUUGAGUUUUUAAUUACGACAACAUGUAGAAAGCUUAACAGGUGUUGAACUGUUGGAUGCAACGGAUUGAACCUUACGCUGAAUUAUCAAGAUCUGAGGAAGACGCAAGAAAAAGUUUUCCACUUUGUACAAUUGCGAUACCUUUUACUUCAAACCAGUUACAUUUGGUGUGUACAGUUGAGCAGUGAAUGAAGUGUUGUUUGUAACUUAACCUUUAAAUUACUGAAUUUAACGUGUUCCCAUUUUUUCCAA